AUGUCUUGGCAGUGUGGGAACCCGGGGAAGAGCCUAUGCCCACCGCAGGGUCCUCCAGCUCACCCUCUGCCCAGCUGUUUGCAUCAUUCGUCGGGGCUGCAGACAGGCCCCCAGAUCGAUUCCCUCACCUGCCCAGUGACGGUGAAUUGCCGUGAUGUCGAGGCAUUGUUAGAUUCAGGUAGUCAGGUCACCUUGGUGCGUAAGGAUCUGGUGGAUCCAUCGUGUCUGACCACCGACAAAAUUCUUCCAGUUUCCUGCAUCCAUGGGGACACCAAAGAUUAUUGCUGUUUGCUGGGCAGUUUUUUUAACAUGGACCUUAGUCAGGCUGUUGAGUGGAGCCGUGAGGAGAAUGUGGAGUUGUGUCAUGCCAUUUUACUUAGCAGAGUGCCAUUGGAGGCCACUGAUGUGGUUAGCCGUGUGCUCAGCACAAUCAAGGUUCUGGGUAGGACCUGGAUACGUGGUCACCGUGGCGACAAGACUGGUAGGCACCUGUACAUUUUAGUCAAGACUUCUACUGAGUUGGAUCAGAGCUCUGUCCCUCCUGAAGUGGGAAUUGUAGGUGAGGCAGGUCCAUGGGCUGUUCAUGUAGUGAGUAGUUUGCUGCCUGCUAGUCCUGUUCUUGAAAGUGAUGGAUUUGAAGCCAAGCUAUUGUCAUUAUUACAGCAGGAAGGCAAGUCUAUGGGUGAUGUGAAGGCUGUUUUGGGCACGCAGCCUCCUAAAUCUGAUGUCAGCAUGGAUCUUGUGAAUGCCAUAGGCCAGCUCGUUGAUGGCUGUAACCAGGCAUCUGUUGAUGUGCCUGGCUAUAGAAAACUGAGGCUGUUCUCCGGUUUACGGCCCGUUCCCCCAGGCGAGGAAGAAUAUGAGGCCUGGACGGAGCAGGCUACUCAGAUGAUUACUGAGUGGCAGUGCAGUGAUGCUGCUAAGCGACAGCGCAUUGUUGAGAGUUUGCGUGGGCCUGCUGCGGAUAUAGUAAGGUUCUUGAAAGUCAGUAGCCCAUCUGCUACUGCUACUGAUUACUUAACCGCUCUUGACAAUACUUAUGGAUCGACUGAGAGUGGGGCAGACCUUAUGGCAUCGUUUCGCCAUACUUUUCAAGAAGAUGGUGAGAAACUUUCUGCUUUCUUGUAUCGCUUGGACAAGUUUCUCCACCGUGCUCUUUUGAGAGGAGGGAUUGAAGCUGCAGGCCUGAAUCGUGCACGUCUGGAGCAGUUGUUCAAGGGUGCUCUCACCCCUGACAUUGUGGCUUUACAUGUUCCUGUGACUGCUGCUGUCGCUCUUCCUUAUGUGCCUGUUACUCCCCUGAUGUCUGAGGUUGACAGUCUGAGGAAAGAGGUCAAGGAGCUGACAUCUUUAGUAACUAAACUUUUGACUGCUACUACUGUGGCUCCUGAAAAUCGUCAAGUCUCACAGUUUGGCAUAAGCCACAGCACAGAAACCACUGCCCCAGCUGUUCCCACAAGGGCUGUUUCUUUGAACCUGCCGAAGUCUACGGCAUCCUCUUCUGUUCCUGCCAUUUUUUGUUACAAGUGUGGAGAAGAUGGCCACACCAAGCGAGAGUGCACACGUCCUGAGAACUUGAGGGUAGUGAAUCAAAAGCUGCUUAAGAGGGUCACGCAGCAGGGAAACUUCCCCGGAGCUCAGUGA